GUGCAUUUAAAAGGUGCAGUGGGUUCUGGGUUAUGGAUGUUGUUUAACGCAGUUGUUCUGUAAUUUGCCUUAGUAAUGAGUGAGCAUGCUAAACAUGGCAUCCAUUUUUGUUGGAAAUACUGCACUUUUGGGGAUUUGUCGAAGCUAAACUGACAUUUGGGAGCGCAGUUGAAAAAUACCAGGAGUCGUUUAAAUAUUGCGUGUAUGUUUCCUAGUGAUGUUCAGUACGUGUCAUUUUACUGAUUCGGUUCCUCCAAAGAGCGCCGCUUUAACGUGAAUCGAACUGCAGAGUUGAUUCAUUUGAUUCCUUUGAUUCACCAACACACUUUAACGGAUGCCAUUUUAUUCCACAGCUCCAGCAUAAAGAUACUGGAUGAAAUUUGAAUUCAGCAUUUAAAAUUUACUUUAUGUAAGCCUCAGUAAUUGUUAGAAUACUAUUUUAAAUGAAGACUAUUGUGUAUUCACACAAAAACAAACAAACAAACAAACAACAAUCAUCCAGAUGAUAUACUUCAGUAUAUGCAGAGAGCAAUGGGCACUUCCCAUAAUGCACUGCAAGAAAAGGGAGUAUUAGGUCAUAGUAGUGCUGUACAGUUAGUGUGGUCUUCAUCAUACUUAUAAUUAAAUGGAAAUGAUAGAAUCUUCUAUAAAUUUUGUCUUGACAUCUCGUUCUAAACAAAUAUGACAGGAUAGAUGGCAAAGGCGUCCACAUUUAAGUGUAGAUUAGAGCGUUUGGGAUUUAGGUCUAUAAUAUGUCUACGAAACAUUCCCUGUCUUUUUUGCGUAUAGUAUUCGCUUGCUUUCUAUAUGUGAAAGACUUUAUGGUGUUAGUGUAUUGCCAUAGAAAUGACUCAUUUUGGAUUCUGAGGGAAUAAACAGUUUUAAAGCUGGAAUUACUAUAAUUCUGAGAUGACAGGAACACAUUGUUGCUCAUAUUUUAAUAUUAUAAUGAAUUUUUCCCUUCCUUAAUUGAUUAAAUUAUGUACUGCAAUAUUAUUGAGCUUAGAGUGGCACCGUGGCGCAGCAGGUAGCGUUGCCACCUCACAGCUCCAGAGUCCUGAGCUCGGCGUACUGUCUGUGCAGAGUUGUGCGUGUUCGCCUCGUGUCUGCGUAAAACUCCCCAGAAACCUGCCACCUUCCAGAAACCACCUUCCAGUCCCCCCCCCUGUGUUCCUGGGGUAGACUCCCAGUUUACUACCACCCUGACCAGGAUAACAAGAUUGUUGACAUUAUCGCCAUCCAGCCUGAUGGAGCAUGUCCAAGGGACCUGGAAGACCCUGAGUAAUGGGUUUGGAUUCAGAGACUCAGUGUUUGAAGAUUCCUGCAUGUCUCCUACAAUAACUAAAAGCUUUCCUUAUCGCAGACGCUCAUCGGACGAUGGGAAAAUCACAAACCCUUCCAAAGCUAACACGAUUCGCGUUUAUCUGCCAAAUCAGCAGCGCACUGUGGUGAGUGUACGACCAGGCAUGACCCUGCACAGCUGCCUCAUCAAGGCCCUUAAAGUUCGAGGCCUCCAGCCCGAGUGCUGUGCUGUGUUCAGGCUCCAUCCAGAACAGCCUCGAAACAAAAAAUCUCGUAUGGACUGGAACACUGAUUCUACCUCACUCAUCGGGGAAGAGCUGGUGGUAGAAGUCUUAGAUCACGUACCGCUAACGACACACAAUUUUGUACGAAAGACGUUUCUGAAGCUGGCCUUCUGUGACAUUUGCCAGAAGUUUCUUUUACAUGGCUUCCGAUGUCAGACGUGCGGAUACAAAUUCCACGAGCACUGCAGCACCAAAGUCCCCACCAUGUGUGUUGACUGGAGCAACAUUCGACAGCUCCUUUUGUUUCCCACACCUGGAGAAGGUGGAACUCCAUCGCUACCGCCUCUCUCAUCUCGGAGGAUGCGAGACUCUUUAUCCCGACUUCCUUCCAGUGCUCAUCACAGACACUCCACACCUCAUGCCUUUAACUACAUUGCGCCCUUGCCACCCUCCAGCGGUUCUCUCUCCCAGAAACAGCGCUCCACAUCCACACCCAACGUCCACAUGGUCAGCAGCAGCCUGCCUGCGGGCGGGGCUUCGUCUGAGGAUGCCUCAAAAAGUCAGGACUCAGGAAGACCUCCUAAUCUCAGUCCCACAGGCUGGUCUCAGGCCAAAACUCCAGGCCCUGUUCAUAGAGAAAAGGCAUCUUCAUCUAAUACUCAGGACAAAAACAGAAUACGACCCCGGGAAAAGCGAGACUCUUGCUACUACUGGGAGAUCGACGCCAGCGAGGUGGUUCUGCACUCCCGCAUUGGAUCAGGGUCAUUUGGGACAGUUUACAAAGGGAAAUGGCACGGUGAUGUCGCUGUGAAGAUAUUAAAGGUCAAAGAUCCUACACCAGAGCAGUUUCAGGCUUUUCGCAAUGAGGUGGCGGUUCUGAGAAAGACUCGGCACGUCAAUAUCUUGCUAUUUAUGGGCUACAUGACCAAAGAUAACCUGGCCAUCGUGACCCAGUGGUGUGAUGGAAGCAGCCUCUAUAAACACCUGCACGUCCAGGACACCAAACUGCAGCUGUUCCAGCUGAUUGACAUCGCCAGACAGACCGCUCAAGGCAUGGACUAUUUGCAUGCAAAGAACAUAAUCCACCGGGACAUGAAGUCAAACAACAUCUUCCUCCAUGAAGGCUUAACAGUGAAGAUCGGAGACUUUGGUUUGGCCACGGUGAAGGCAAGGUGGAGCGGCUCGCAUCAAGUAGAGCAGCCUUCAGGAUCUAUCCUUUGGAUGGCUCCUGAGGUGAUCAGGAUGCAGGACAGUAAUCCCUACAGUUUCCAGUCAGACGUCUACUCCUACGGUAUUGUGCUUUAUGAGCUGAUGACCGGGGAGCUCCCAUAUUCUAUGGUUGCAAACAGAGACCAGAUCAUCUUCAUGGUAGGAAGAGGUUACUUGUCUCCAGACCUAAGCAAACUGUAUAAAAGCUGCCCCAAAGCCAUGAAGAGACUUGUCGCUGACUGCAUUAAGAAGUCGAAAGAUGACAGGCCGCUGUUCCCUCAAAUUCUGGCAUCGAUAGAGCUGCUGCAACACUCGCUUCCCAAAAUCAACCGCAGCGCGUCUGAGCCGUCUCUUCACAGAGCCGCACACACGGACGACAUCAGCAUUUGCACUCUGACCUCCACCAGGCUGCCUGUCUUCUAAUAUGGCUGCCUUUUUUUUUUUUUUUUCCAGAAGUUCCUUCUGCUAGACCUGGAGCACAUUAAUGUAUUUAAAUUAUUUCUCAGAAUGAAGCACAAGAGCAGAAAAAGCAAAGCAGAGGAGGAUCUCACUGUUCAGCUGAAGAUAAGCUUCUGGCAUUGCCAUUGAAAAAAAGCUUGCCUUUUACACCUUUCUUGGUUUUGCUAAAAAUGUAAUUAUCAUAUUUGACUGUGUUCCUUUCACAGUAGAUAGAAAGGUCAGUUGAGUAGAAGACAUGCCCAGAGAGCACUUUUUAUUAUUACACUUAAUUUAUUCUGUCUCAUUUGGUGUGAUGAGGUAUACAGCAUAGCAUUAAAUACGCUAUUAAUAACCUGGGUUUUAGCUACCUAACUUCGAACAUGCUCCAUCAUAAAUAUUGGGUCAACCAGUAAUUCCUGGCAUAGUGGCUUAAGAAUGAAAAUGCUGCUAUGAGUUGUCACUCAAACUAUACCAAAACAGCAGUUUUUUUUUCAAACCCCCCCCAAAAAAAAAACAAAACAAAAAAAAAAACCAAACAAACAAAAAAACGGCAGUUGAGGCAAUUGACAUGAAUCUGAAAUGAUUGACAAUUUUGUAGGUGUCUCUCUCGUCUCGAAUUGAUUCUCACAUGAAAGAUGCGGUGCCUACGCUUUCUUUCAAGUCAAAUGGAGAAUGUUUUGGGUUCAUUAAUGUGAAAUAAAAUCAAAGUAUGUUUGACUUAGCUAACAUUAGACAAGUAUAUAGUUAACAUCUGGCCAGCCAGUGCAGAUGUGUUCAGGCAGUGUGGCUAAGCCUGUCACGCUAGAAACAUUUCUAUAUAUAUGUAAUUUAUAUUUUAUAUAUAUAUAUAUAUAUAUAUAUAUAUAUAUAUAUAUAUAUAUAUAUAUAUAUAUAUAUAUAUAUAUAUAUAUAUAUAUAUAUAUAAAAAUAUAAAAUAUGGUGUUACAGUAAAUACCAGGCACUUGGAGGGAAAAAAGGUUGCCGUUCUUCUAGAAAAAAUUUACUUGCACACUUCCUAACUGCUGCAUGUACCAUCUUUUUCUUAGAAUAGGAAGAAAGAAAGUGUGCAUGUAAAAAUGCAGGACUGCACACUGCUCCUCUACAGGGUAAGCUGGUCUGCAAUACUAUAUCAAAGCUCAGAGUAUUGGCUGAUACUCGACACUGAUCCAAUACCGACAUCCUCUCAGGAACUGAGGCCUGAUGGUGGGAUUUAUGACCUGUCCUGUGUGCAUACAUGCAUGAACCGUGUAGCGUUCAUCAACAUAAUACACACUCAUGGCAUGAAACACAUCAAUCAGAUACCAGUCCAGUGUUUCAGGCCUGUAUUGGAUCAGUGUGUUCGUUUUACAAAUCCAUCACUAAUCUAUCCUUCGUCAUUCUAAAUGGUCUUCUCCUUUCAUGUCACCAUUUUUACGAGAGUUUAAAGUCUAAGCGAGGUUUUGGUUGUCUGCGGGAGCUGAGCUCUUGAUAAGACUUGUAAUCGCGCACACAGUUUGAUAUUUUAACAGCAAAACCCGACCCACAGAAUUUCCAGACGAUCCUGAAAGUGCUUUGGGACUCUUCACGUACUAGUCAUACUCCGUUUUAAUGAUGCCGCUUUCACCAUCUAACAGAAAUUGUGUAUUUUCCAUAAGUGCCAACUCUACCAAUGGCUUUUAUCAUUUGAAGGUGUAGACUGAUCGUUCUCUUAAAAAGCAAAGAUAGAUGUAUCCUUCAAAUUUAUGCUUUAAAUCUCUUUAUCGAGUAUCAGGUAUUUCCCAUUUUAAUUUGUCUUUCUAGGGUUGUAUAUAAUUUGAGAAUCAAAAAUGAGAGCAUAUCAAUGAUUAUUAUUGAGUUUAUAAGACAUUUUCUUCUAUAUUUUGACCUGUUAUUCUUUAGCGAGGUCCAACUUGUGCACUUGAAAGACUGUUAAUGCUUUGUAUUUUAAUAAAAGUAAGUUAAAUA